AUGGCCAACAACCCUCCAAUACCUCCUCCGUUAAUCAGCGUGCCCCGGAUUACAACUCUCAUUGCGUCGUUGGUCGUAGCUUUGAGUUCGGGGACGAACUAUGUCUAUUCAGCGUAUGCUCCACAGCUUGGUGCUAGGCUGGGUAUAUCGCACACUAAGCUGAACGUGGUCGGUUUGGCAGGAAAUGUGGGAGUGUACAGCAGUGGCCCAAUAUGGGGAAGGAUCGUCGACACGAGAGGUCCUCGUAUCCUGCUUGCUUUUGCGUUCGUUUUCCUGCUGGGAGGAUACUCUGGGAUGCGACAUCUCUACGAGCAAGGUCUUCCAAAAGGGAUCAUGACCUUGUCAACGACUGCAUUUGUAGCUUUGGCUACUUUCAGCUUUCUGACCGGUGCUGGAGGAAAUGGGGGUCUGACGAGUGCCGUCAAUUCGACCGCGAAGACGUUUCCUGACAAGGCGAGGGCAUCCACUACCGGCCUGGUCAUAUCUGGCUUUGGACUUUCGGCUUUUUUCUUCUCCACCAUCUCCCGUAUGUUUUUCGCGGGCAAUACAUCCUUUUUCCUUCUUGUCCUCGCGGUUGGCACGUCAUUUCCUAUGAUCAUGGGGUUUUUCCUCGUCCGUCCUAUCCCGCUACCCGCCCAAGAAGGCUACGACAUUGUAGAAGACGCUGAAGCUGCCGAAGAAGAGUAUGACGCGCGGACAACAGGCCUGGCACAACCCAACGCGAGUGUCGCCCAUCUCCUUGAUCACGACUUCAUCGAGCCACGUCACCCGCACUAUGUCCACCAUGUAGACUAUGCACAAGAUGAGGACAGCGGACAGGCACCGGUUCCAGCCGAGCGUCCUCGGAGUUUGAGUCGUGGUUCUGCAAUGGCCGCCGGUAUUCUUCCAAAUGUCUAUGGUAAGAAGCUCUGGAGGAGUGGUGAUUUUUGGUUGCUCUGUAGCAUCCUUUCGAUGUUAAGUGGCACGGGCCUAAUGUAUAUCAACAAUGUCGGAUCGAUGUCCCAAGCUCUAUAUGCCCACAAAGAGCCUCAUUACGAUGACGUGGUCGCUGCUGGAUGGCAAGCGACCCAGGUUUCUACAAUCAGUUUGACGAACUUCCUGGGACGAAUAUUUAUCGGCCUGGUAUCCGACUUCGCGAAGAACAAAUUCAAUAUGCCUCGCUCUUAUUGCCUUGUCAUCGUUGCCACAUUUUUCUUCGUUUCGCAGCUGGCGACUGCCAAUAUCGAUCGCAUCGCACAUUUAUGGAUAGCGAGUGCAUUGUUGGGUCUGGCGCAUGGCAGCGUCUUCUCGCUAUUUCCUACUGUAUGCCUCGAAUGGUUUGGAAUGCCUCACUUUUCCGAAAAUUGGGGAUAUCUCUCCAUGUCGCCCAUGGUUGCUGGGAAUCUCUUCUCCUUGUUCUUCGGGAGAAAUCUAGAUGCUCAUGAGAACGCCGCAAAGCAUAAAGCUACUCCUCUCAAGCCAGGCAAAGUGUCCGCUCCUCCUCAAUGUCUACAGGGACUGGAGUGCUACGUCACCACGAUAUAUUUGACGAUGGCCGCGACAUUAUUGUCUAUUCUCCUCAGCGUCCUUGCCGCCUACAGGGAUAAGAAGAAGAUAGAUGCGGCUAAGAGGAAGAGAGUCGCAAGUGCUCGGGCAGAAGUCUUUUGGGAGGCUGAUGAAAGAGGGAUAUGA